UGAUGGUGUCCAAGCCACCUGUCUGUAGCAACGUGAUCGAGUUACUGGAGUGGUUUGACAUGGGUCAUCAAUUCAUCAUGAUCAUGGAACGGCCCAGUCCCAGUAUGGACCUCCUGAAAUUCAUGGAGCUUCAGAAAGGUUCCCUGUCUGAAGCACAGGCUCGUGAAAUCAUGGCGCAGGUGUUUCGGGCGGCUCGUCACUGCUGUGACCGUGGAGUGGUACACCGAGACAUCAAGGCCGAGAAUAUCAUCAUCAACCCCGAAACUCUGGAAGUGAAACUCAUUGAUUUUGGCUGUGCGGAAUUGCUGAAGGACACCCCCAGCAACGAUUUUUUCGGCACUGUGUUCUUUGCACCUCCUGAGUGGAUAUUCCAUGGAGGGUACAUGGGCGUUCCUGCUACCAUCUGGGGUCUGGGCAUACUUCUGUUUCACGUCCUCAGUGGAGACCUCCCCUUUGCAUCACCAGAUGACUUAAAUGAUGGGUACCUGAAUGCACUUCCUGACUUGUCUCAAGAGUGCUUCCAGCUGCUAAUGUGGUGCCUGGAAUUUAACCCUGAAACACGCCCAACUUUCCAGCAAUUGGCCAGGCACGAGUGGUUUACUGGAGGCAGUUCAGGACAAAGUCAAGAUUCCUCCUAAAACCAAAGAUCUCAUAAAACACACCUACACACCUACACACACACACACACACACAUAUACAGUAUACAGUGAGGGAAAAGAAUUAUUUGAUCCCCUGAUUUUGUACGUUUGCCCGCUGACAAAGAAAUGAUCAGUCUAUCAUUUUAAUGGGAGGUUUAUUUAAACAGUGAGAGACAGAAUGACGACAAAAAAAUCCAGAAAAAUGCAUUUUAAAAAAGGUAUACACUGAUUUGCAUUUUAAAGAGUGAAAUAAGUAUUUGACCCCUUCUUAAAACAUGACUUGUACUUGGUGGCAAAACCCUUGUUGGCAGUCACAGAGGUCAGACGUUUCUUGUAGCUGGCCACCAGGUUUGCACACAUCUCAGGAGGGAUUUUGUCCCACUCCCUUUUACGGAUCCUCUCCAAGUCAUUAAGGUUUCGAGCUGAACCUUCAGCUCCCUCCACAGAUUUUCUAUGAGAUUAAGGU